AUGGCGCCCCCAGCAAAAGGUACUUUCCCACUGAACUUUUUCAUGGGAUUGAUGUUUCCCACUGAGCUGGUGAGAGAAGCCAUGAAGCACCGUGCUGCUAGAAGCACCGUUUCCUAUUGACUUUUCUUUUUCUCAUGUCAUCUGAAGCCUCGUCAUUUCCAGGAUUUCCCUUUUUCCAUGGAUGUGUGUAAUUUACUUCUACUUCAUGCGACCUUUGGCAAACCCUCAGAGUCAACGCGUCCUCUGUGGUUUAAUUGAUUUAAAUUUCACGUUUUUUUAAAAAUAAAAUAAAAUCUGAUUUCCCUGAUAUGUACGAUAUUAAGCUGGUGCCUAUGUUUUUCUGAAUUCACAUCGCGUGGAAAAACUUAUUGCGAUGAAUAAAUAUUUUGAGUUAAUGUUCUGUGGGCUCGUACACACUCAACCUCACUCUUCUUUGAAUGCAUUUGCAUUAGAUCGCGGAGUUCUCAGUUGCAUGGCACGCAGGCUCCUCAGGUUCAGAGCUACUCUUUGUGUCGAGUUGACUCUAUGUUGGCACCAACAAGUCUUCAUCACUGCUUUUAUAAUGUUCUUGAUGUGCAUCAUCAAUAAGUAUAUUGACUGCUCAUCUCAUAAUCUGGCUUUACUUUCGUUCAUGUUUUGGAAACCGUUCAUCACAGGUCUCCCAGUUCAUAUUGUUUGCCCCUCUUGGGCUUCCCAUCGUGUUGUCUGAACGUUUCGCAAUGGCAGCAGCCGCGGUAAAGAAGGGCGACGCCAAAGGACAGGCUCUGAAGGUCGCCAAGGCGGUGAAGUCGGGCACCUCCGCGUUGAACAAGAAGGGGAAGAAGAUCAGGACCUCGGUGACUUUCCACAGGCCCAAGACCCUGAAGAAGGACCGCGCCCCCAAGUACCCCCGCAUCAGUGCUCCCCCCAGGAACAAGCUUGACCACUUCCAGAUCCUCAAGUUCCCCCUCACCACCGAGUCCGCCAUGAAGAAGAUCGAAGACAACAACACCCUCGUCUUCAUCGUUGACAUCCGCGCCGACAAGAAGAAGAUCAAGAGCGCCGUCAAGAAGAUGUACGACAUUCAAGCGAAGAAGGUCAACACACUCAUCAGGUCAGCCAACCCCCUCUACCCCCCUCCCCCCCGCUUUCAAGAUCUGAUCUUCGAGGUGAUGUGGUGGUGGUCGCAGGCCGGACGGGACCAAGAAGGCGUACGUGAGGUUGACCCCGGACUACGACGCUCUUGACGUGGCAAACAAGAUCGGCAUAAUCUAA